AUGUGUCAUGAUGUUUUAGCUGCAGAUGGGAACUCGUCCAAUCGUAGCUGCAGGCAUCGAGAUGUGUUGAAGCACCUGAACGUGACCAAAAAUAAUGAGCUGUACUCCAUGACCCGGCCUGGUAGUGCUGAAUCUCCCAUGCAAGUUUACCUGGAUGCACUGCUCUAUGCCAUUCUAGAUGUGAACGAGAAGGACCAGAAAUUAGUUUGUUACAUUUGGAUUGAUACGUGGUGGCAGGGUGACGACCUUUCCUGGAAUCCUGAUGACUUCUGUAAUAUUUCACGGAUUUCUCUUCCUAUGCAUUUAUUGUGGAAGCCAGAUCUAACUAUUGAAGAGAUGACAGAGAAGGACAAGGCCCUUCCGAGUCCGUAUCUCAUCCUUAACAGUAGCGGUUGGGUCAUAAAUAGAAACGACAUGGUGGUGGUCAGCACCUGCAAGAUGCGCGUUUACAAAUUUCCCUUCGACGUUCAGAGCUGCAACCUGUCUUUCAAGUCUGUCUUACACUCUGAUAACGAUAUAGAGCUUGUUAACUUAGGUGGCUCAUGGAACAGCGAUUGGUCUCGCAAGAUGAUGCAGACCCAGUCCGAGUGGCAGUUCCUAGACAUGUCCAUCAACAACAGAACUGUCAACAAUUUUGGCCUCACACAAAACAUGUUGGUUUACACUAUCACCAUGAGGAGGCAGUCUGCCCUCUACAUUGUCAACUUCUUGGUACCGAUCCUCUUCUUCUUGUGUCUGGACUUGACCUCCUUCCUGAUCUCAGACACUGGGGGCGAGAAGCUCAGCUUCAAGGUCACGGUGCUGCUUGCCGUCACUGUGAUGCAGCUUAUUCUCAAUGAAAUUCUGCCCUCCUCUUCAGACAGGAUUCCUCUUAUAGCGGUCUACUGCAUUGGGAGUUUUACUUUGAUGAUGCUGAGCCUCGUGGAGACGAUUUUGGUGAUGUAUCUGAUGGAAAAAGACUCUGCAUCUCAAGACAACGAGGGUAGCAGCAGCCAACUGACGGAGGAUUCUGACUCUGAAAAGAUCUCAGAUGAGCUGAGUGAGGCGGUGAAAACAUUGACUCUGCUCCUCAACAGCAGGAAGGAAGAAAUGAAGCCCGGCUACUGGACCAGAGUGGCGCUGUUCGCUCCAAUGGCUCCGCGCUGUCGCUUCAAUCAGUGA